GUCAGACUUAGAGCCCGCCGUUCACGACCUGAUUCGAGAGUACCGCGACGUCUUCCCCCGUAUUUCUCAUACCGUGGGAUUCCCCCGAUGCGCGGUGUUGAGCAUUCUAUUCAGCUCGUGCCGGACUAUCGUGUUCACCAUCAGGCAUCGUACCGACUCUCGAUUCUAGAGGCGACGGAACUCAAGCGUCAGCUUGAGGAGCUCCUUCGACUGGGUUUCAUUAAACCCAGUAACUCCCCUUGGGGUGCACCUGUCCUCUUUGCUCGCAAAGCGGACGGAACUCUCCGCCUCUGCAUCGACUAUCGCGGCCUUAACUGUUACACGGUUAAGAACAGCUGUCCCAUGCCUCGCGCAGAUGAGUUGUUUGACCAUCUGGCAGGCAACCGCUUCUUCACGAAGAUCGAUCUUCGUAGCGGUUACCACCAGAUCCGCGUUGCCGCAGAGGACCAGCCGAAGACUGCCUUCCGAUCACGCUUCGGCCAUUACGAGUUCACGGUGAUCAUCUGGGUGAUGCUAUUCGGCCUCACCAAUGCACCCGCCACCUUCCAGACGACGAUGAACGAUAUCUUCAGGGACAUCCUUGAGGAAUACAUUCUCGUAUACCUGGACGACAUCUUGGUCUACAGUCGUACCUUAGAAGACCAUAUCAGACACCUCCUUGAUGUCCUACAGCGCUUACGCAAGCAUGGCUUCUAUGCCAAGCUCAGUAAGUGCCGCUUUGCCCAGCGGAAAGUGGACUUGGCUUCUAUGCCAAGCUAAGUAAGUGCCGCUUUGCCCAGCGGAAAGUGGACUUCCUAGGACACCAUGUGUCUGACCAGGGUCUCCACAUGGACGA